GCCAACAGGGGUCUCCGCACGUACAAACAACCUCCACGCGAGUAGGAGACCCAACAGAGAGAGAGAGAGAGAGAGAGAGAGAGGGAGAGAGAGAGAAGGGGGGAGGUCCUCUUCGUCUCCAGGAGCUUGACCAUUUCCCUUUUCCUAUUAUUCCACCACCUCUGUUCCUCGUCCUCCCUCAAUCCUCCAGUCUCCUUUAUCGUUUUCAUCGAUUCUUCUCCCUCAACCAUCUCCCUUUAAUGGUGUUCCCCCCCUCAUCUGUGUCGUGAUUGGGGCGCCAGACUUGUUCAAUCGCCUGCGCAUACUAUCGAUCGUUCUGUUGCUUCUUGUCCGAGCCGUGAUCGCGUAUUCUCCUGCGGUAUCCGCAUACUGGGUUUUGCGUUUUAUUGGAUUUGCAAGACAGGAUUUCAGGUUGUUCGGGCCCAAAAAGAUAUCUGAAACACGUCUCGUCGCUGGGCUCUGAUUGAUUUUGACCAUCCUCGUGGACUGCGGGAAACUCAUAUGGUGAACUUAUCUCUCUCGAUGAUCUAUUAGUGAGUAUGAAUGAUUUUACGUGGAGUUUUGGUGUUUCAAGGGUUUGACUGAAACUUGAAGGCAGUAGCCUCCCACAAUUUUCAUUGGGCAUGGAGAACCUUCCUGUUGAGGUAAUUGGGAAGAUACUAUCCCGCCUUGGGGCUGCCAGAGACGUCGUGCUUGCCUCCAUGACUUGCAGGAAGUGGCGAGAAGCUUGGCGGAAUCACCUCCACACUCUUUCUUUUAAUUCCAACGACUGGCCUGUCUAUAAUGAUAUCACAACGAUUAGAUUGGAAAUUCUUAUAACCCAAACAAUUUUCCAGACCAAUGGACUGCAGUGCUUGUCAAUCAUUAUGGAGAAUGUCGAUGAAUUCUCAGCUGCACCAGUGAUUGCUUGGCUCAUGUAUACCAGGGAAACCUUGCGCCAACUAUACUACAAUGCGAGGACAAUGCCAAACUUCAAUAUUCUUGAGAAAUGCGGCCGGCAAAAACUAGAAAUGUUGGCAUUGGCACAUAAUUCUAUUAUGGGUGUUGAACCUGGUUAUCAGAAAUUUCCUGCCCUGAAAUUUCUUUCUCUGAGUUAUGUCAGUGUAUCAGCUUUGGAUCUGAGCCUGCUAGUCACUGCCUGCCCAAAAAUUGAAGUAUUAUCCCUUAUUAGUCCAGAAAUUGUCGUGUCUGAUGCACACUCGACCAUGGAACUGAGUAGUACAUCACUGAAGGAUAUCUAUGUGGAAGCAAUCAGUCUGGAUAAGUUCACAUUGGAGGCUGAUGGCCUCGAGCAUUUGCACUUAAAAGAUUGUAGUCUUGAGAUCUUUGAGCUCCUUGGCAAAGGGACCUUGAAGAUUCUCAAGAUUGAUGAUGUUAGUGUUAUCCAUCUUGACAUUGGUGAGAGUACUGAAAACCUUGAGGUUGUGGAUGUUAGCAACUUCACGAUAAUGUGGCCCAAGUUCUACCUUAUGAUCUCAAAAUCAUCAAAAUUGAGAAGGCUUCGGCUUUGGGGUGUGGUGUUUGAUGAUGAGGAUGAAGUUGUGGAUUUGGAGACCAUCUGUGCUUGCUUCCCUAGGUUAAGCAAUCUGUCUUUAAGCUAUGAUUUGAGAGAUGGAGCACUUCAUUAUGGCUUGCAGGGUUCAUCUCAUUUGGAGAAUGUGGUUGUCCUAGAACUUGGAUGGACUACAAUUAGUGAUCUCUUCUCCCAUUGGGUGGAAGGGCUUCUGGAAAGAUGCCCCAAUCUCAAGAAGCUGGUCAUUUUUGGGGCUGUCUCAGAGGCUAAAUCCCACGAAGAAUGCCAAACUUUAGCCAACUUCACCUCAUCUAUGGUUAGACUCAUGAGGAAAUAUUUGCAUGUUGAGAUUCAGUUUGAGUACGAUUAAAAGUCUUGCAAUAUGCAUUGGCAGAUCUUCAAGCUAUGGUCAACUCUGAGUUUACAAGCAAGUAAAAGACCCUCCAUGUACAUUUAGAUAAUCCUAAUGGCAAGUACAUAACCAUCCAUGCAGACUCAGAUCAUCCUGUUUUGAAUUUUUCCAGACUUUUGAAAUGCUUUCUUUCUUUUCUUUUUUCUUUUUUGGGCAAAGUGAAGCUUUGAGCAAUUGUACAUUUAUGACAUUCUUUGUGUCAAAAUGACAUGUUUGUUCUA